UUUAUAAUAUUAGACAAAACUUGCCGCAAAACAAUAACCCCUCGCUCUCCUGCACUCGCCCUCUCUCUCUUCUGUAGAUGUUGUAAUUUUCUUACAAGUUUUACAUUCUAAUUUCUAAGCGGGGUUUAAUUAGGGUUUUACACUCAGCUAUGUCUUCUACCCUUGAAAUCGAAGCUCGAGAUGUGAUUAAGAUAGUUCUUCAAUUUUGCAAGGAGAAUUCAUUGCAUCAAAGUUUUCAGGUUUUACAAAAUGAGUGCCAAGUUUCACUGAAUACAGUGGACAGUCUUGAAACAUUUGUUGCUGAUAUUAAUAGUGGAAGAUGGGAUGCAGUGUUACCUCAAGUUGCACAACUUAAGCUUCCUAGACAUAUACUUGAGGAUUUGUAUGAGCAGAUAGUUUUGGAAAUGAUUGAACUUCGGGAGAUGGAUACUGCACGGGCUAUUUUAAGACAAACAAACGUGAUGGGUGUCAUUAAACAGGAGCAACCAGAAAGAUAUCUGAGGCUUGAACAUCUGCUAGUCCGGACUUACUUUGAUCCACAUGAGGCUUAUGCAGAUUCAACCAAAGAAAAGAGGCGUGCACAAAUUGCACAAGCACUCUCUCAAGAGGUUUCUGUUGUUCCACCUUCACGACUAAUGGCUUUGAUCGGUCAGGCCCUGAAGUGGCAGCAGCAUCAAGGUCUACUUCCACCUGGUACUCAAUUUGACUUAUUCCGAGGAACAGCUGCCAUGAAACAAGAUGAAGAAGAUAUGUAUCCAACAACUCUUGGGCACACUAUUAAGUUCGGGAAGAAAAGUCACCCAGAGUGUGCUAGGUUCUCACCAGACGGACAAUUCCUCGUCUCAUGUUCAGUUGAUGGAUUUAUUGAGGUUUGGGACCACAUAAGUGGAAAACUGAAGAAGGAUCUCCAGUACCAGGCUGAUGAAACCUUUAUGAUGCAUGAUGAUGCUGUCCUUUGUGUUGAUUUCAGCAGAGACUCGGAAAUGCUUGCAUCUGGGUCUCAAGAUGGAAAAAUAAAGGUUUGGCGCAUAAGGACGGGUCAGUGCUUGCGCCGUCUUGAACGUGCACACUCUCAGGGUGUCACCAGUAUAGUCUUCUCUCGAGAUGGAACUCAGAUCUUAAGCACAUCAUUUGACAGCACAGCAAGAAUUCACGGUCUGAAGUCAGGAAAGUUGUUAAAAGAAUUUCGCGGCCACUCGUCUUACGUUAAUGACGCUAUCUUUACUAGUGAUGGAUCUCGAGUCAUUACCGCAUCUAGUGAUGGCUCAGUGAAGGUCUGGGAUUCGAAAACAACUGAGUGUCUACACACAUUUAGGCCACCACCUCCAUUAAGGGGCGGUGAUGCAUCUGUGAACUCUGUCCAUCUUUUCCCUAAGAAUACUGACCACAUUAUUGUGUGUAACAAGACAUCAUCUAUUUAUCUCAUGACACUUCAAGGACAGGUUGUUAAAAGUUUCUCAUCUGGUAAAAGAGAAGGUGGAGAUUUUCUCGCUGCUUGUCUAUCACCAAAAGGUGAAUGGAUUUACUCUGUAGGCGAAGACAGAAAUUUGUACUGCUUUGGUUUUCAAUCAGGCAAACUGGAGCAUCUGAUGAAGGUACAUGAAAAGGAAGUUAUUGGUAUUACACACCAUCCCCAUAUAAACCUUGUUGCCACAUAUGGAGAAGACUGCACCAUGAAACUGUGGAAGCCUUAACCAGUCUUUGCCUUACUGAAGUUUGCAGAAAAGCAAUAUUUUCGACAGUAAAGGUUAAUUGUUUGUUGGAUAUGUUGCCUUGCCUCGGAGGUGGAUGCCGCAAUUCUAUUUGGGGUGGAUUUCGGGUGGUGGGUGGGGGCGCGAGGAUCGUAUCGGUUGGUUAGUGGGAUCUGAUUUAUCCAGCUUUUGUAAUCUUAUGUAAUUUAUCUCCUACUUUGUUGGAUUUUAGUCUAUCAAAUCUUAGAUUCUCAGAUUAUUCAGGCUAUUAAAAGUUUGUAUUCAUUGAGUUUUGAAGAAAUUUAAAUCUCGGUAUCAAAUCCUAGACUUGUGAAGUAAAAUAGUGACUUACGAUCUGCCCUUUUGAUUGUUUAUUAUUUUUAA